UAUUGAUCAUUUGCGGUUUGCUUGUAUGCUCUAGAUUGGUGUUUUUUUGUAUGAUUAAUUUGUAUGAGAAAAUUGAUGUUAAACGUUUAUUUUGAAAGAAACUUGUUAUUGUAAAUUUUUUACCACAAAAACCCACGGGUACCCAUGAACCCGCGGAUACCCAGCGGGUUGGGUUGGGUUUGAGUUUUUCAAACCCAACGGGUUUUACCCUGGAUUUUUUUGGCGGAUAAACCCAUGGGUUUGGGUUUGACAAAACCUGCCCCAACCCGCCCCAUUGCCAUCCCUAACUUGGGCCUCCAUUGGGCUGUCGGAUUUCUUCUCUAUUGUAUGGAUAUGGCUUAGAAGAAAUGAAAGAUGAAACCAAAGUGGGCUUAGCCGGUGGACUCCUCAAGGAGCCAAGCCCAAAUGGAAAUAAAGAAAAGAAGAGCACCAUGAGGUUUAAUAUUGGUUUGGGCUCCAGUUAUUUAUUGCAACCAAUCGUGGGCCAAGUCCAAGGAAGAGAAGAUUGGUUUGUCUUCACCAUCAAGCCUAUGAUGGAAUUUAUGGACCAUUUCCUUGAAGACCACAAGCUAGAGCAUAAAGAAGAACAAUUCCCCGAUUCAUAUUUUGUGGAGUUCGAGAAGGAAAAAUUGUUCCGCUAUGAAGAACGUGACAUAUGUCACGUGGGUGGAGAGUCGAGGAAAGUUGGACUAACGCGAGAAGAGUUCAUUUGUGGAAUUGAGCGCAAUUGGAAGCAGAGAAAGCGAAAGAUCAAGAAGACGAUAGUUGACUGCAACCUUGAGGACAAGGUCGCUUCGAAGGAGGGUGGAAUGUUAGACAUAUAAUUAGUAUAAUAAUAAUAAUAAUAAUAAUAAUAAUAAUAAUAAUUAGUUCAAAACCUUGCUUUUGAUAGUUUUGGGAGUAACUAGCCCAAACACCAACCAAAAAUUCCCUGCUACUAUUGCUCUUAACCACCCGCAAAUCUGCCAAUCCUUCAAUUACUGGGAUUACCAUGAAGCUUGGAUUAAUGCCUUCUUCAAGCAAAACCAUAUGUACCGACACUCCUGGAGUUUUUUCUGGGAUUACAAAACUCCCAUCAUUUUCCCUAACUGGUUUAUGCACUGGUGGGAUCUUUUUGGGCCAACUGAAAAUAUCUAUCCAACUGAGAUACAAGAGGGAUAUCAAACCUUCUGUCAAAAAUAUUCUGGUCCAGGAUUCCCCCUCCUUAAAUUUUGUUACUACAUCAAAGUUCCUUGGAUUACUGCUUGGGAAUUCAGUUACCAAACAUGUGCUGUCACAAAGGUACCCAUGUUAGGCCGCAGCUUCAAAACCAAAUAUUGGGCUGCAAAUCCUCGCCCAGAACAGGCCUACAAACCUCAAGUCCUCCAAUGGUUCAAUAACAAUCCUGAGUUGUCCAAAGUUAUCGAAAAAUCCUCAACGCAAUUUUUGCAAACAAAAUCCUCAAUCAGCGCUCUCUUAGCUGGCGCCAAGACUGAAGAAGAAUACUUCCAAAUUCUCAAAGAUGUGGCGUCUAGCUCAACAUCUGACGCAGAUUCCACGUUCCAAAACCAUGACCCGGAUGAAGAAGUGCUUGGUCCUUUGCCAACAAAGAGCACUAAGUUGAAAACAAAGAAGAAGUGACCCCAUUGCUUCUUCCACUACCACAAAGACAAAGAAGAAGUGACUCCACUUCCAACCCACGUUCCUAAAGACAAAGAAGAAGUGACUCCACUUCCAAUCCACUCAAUUUGGUUAUGGAAAGAAGACCACAAAUUAUCUAUUUUUCUUUUUAUUAAAAAUGUAAUUUUGUUAUGACAUGUGACAUAAUCAUAUAAGUGUCCACAUUGUCAUCAUUAUGUUUUUCAAUUUAUUUACCAAAAGGGGACUCCAUUCCUCUAUAAAAGGAGACUCCCUUCACUUGUUGUAAGUAGAGUUGUUUUGAGUGGGAAUUGCUCUCUUGCAAAACUUCCUCCCAUCAUCUUCUCUCAAGAAUUCCUGUGUAAGAAGUCUAUCAAAUUAUCAAGUUUUACUUCAUCUUUUUCAAAUCAUCUUCAACUUUUAUUUAUUUCGUGCAUAACUGGUCAUCUCCAGUAUUUAUUUUAUGCAAAACUGGUCAUCUCCAGUAUUUAUCUUCUGCUAAUCUGGUCAUCUCCAGUAUUUACUUUUUGCUUUUAUUUUAUGCAAAACUGGUCAUCUCCAGUAUUUAUCUUCUGCUAAUCUGGUCAUCUCCAGUAUUUACAUUUUGCUAAUCUGGUCAUUUCCAGUAUCAUUUACUUUACAAACUAUUUUCAAGUUAAUCUCUUAUUGGCUGUCUCAUUCUCGUCCUUACUGGUAUCAGAGCCUGGGGGGGGGGGGGAAGGGUUAGUCGAUUCCCACAAUCCUUCUCUUCCUGACUUCCAAAAGGAAUUGGAUAUUGUUAAGAAAGAAAUUCAACAAUU